AUGAAUGAUGAAUUGGAACAUUACAUAAAACAAAAGAUCAUUUCAUUGUUGAGGAUUGGAAGCGAUGAUUAUAACUGCCUUAUACAAGAUGAAAAGAAUAAAGACAAUUUAAAUUAUUUCUUUUUAUCAGCACCUGUGAACACUACUUUAUUUUUUGUGGUACAUAGAUAUAUAUAUGAAAAUACAAAAGAGGAAAGUGUUCAAGUGAUAAAAAAGGAUGAUAAUAAUAAACAAAGGGGGAUAAAUAUAAUAGCUAAUGAAGAUGGAACAAUAGUACCAAAAAUCGAUGAAAAUGAUAAAAAAAAUGAACAACAACCAGAAAGAGAGAACAAAGUGGAGGAAGAAAAAAAAGACAUAUUAGGAACAAAUGAGGAAGUAAACAAAAUAGAUGAACAAAUUCAAUGUAGUGACAAACUGAUUGAUGAUUGCACAGAUGGAACGAAUAAUAACGGGGAAGAAACUUCAAAGAGGAACGAUAACUGUGAAAAAAAGCAGAAUGUUCAGGAGAAAAAAAAAAGAAAAGAAAAAACUCGCUACAUUUUAAAAAUGAGCAUAGGUCAUAUAAUCACAGAUGACGCAGAAGAAGAAGCUAACUUUCUCAUGGAAAAAGGAGAAGAUAAAGAAGAAAAGAAAAAGAAAAUAAAAAAACAGAUAGUUUACUUUUUGAAAAUUAAAAAUGAUAAAAAUGAACAAUUUCAUGAAAAUAUGGAUGAAUAUUUCAAUACUAAUUACACAUUCGGAAAUUUACACCAUAAUUAUAUUAACAAUUUUAAAACCUAUUUUAAGAUAUUUUUUAUUCCUUUCUUUCAAUGUUUAUUAAAAAAAAACAACGUUUUCGAGUAUAUUGGAAAGGAAACAGAUCAAAACAUAAAAAUUGACCAAGUCCUAAAUAAACUUCAGCUUCUUAAAAAAACGGAAAUGUUGAGUAACCAACUAGAUGAUACAAAUGAGUUGAAUGAAAAUAAAUAUUUAAAUAUUAUAGAGAGAGGAAAAUACACAGAAUCACAAACCAAAUGUGGAACAGAGGAAAACAAUGCAUAUGAUGGAACAAAAAAUGAAAGUGUAGAUCACAAUUAUUUUCAAAAUGAAGAAUCAAGGAGUAUAUAUGAGAGCACAAGUGGAAAUAAUUGUAUCAGAUCUAACCUAACGAAGAAAGGAGAAAAUUUCUUAAAAAAUAAAAACCUGUUAAAUUCUUUCUACUAUUUGCUAAGUUACUACAAACAAAUUCUGAAAGUUGAACAAAUCUCACAUAACGAAAUCAAUGCAGACAUAAUGAAACUUAAGGAUGAUACUAUUAAUAUUAAUAGUUAUCUUAGAAAUAUUUCCAAUAUUAUAAAAGAUUUUAUAAUAAAAGAGAAGAAGAAUGAUUCCAAAAAGAAAAAUGAUAAAACAUCAGUUGAAUACUGGAAAGAAAGAUAUCACAGAAUUUACAGUUUAAUUGAAAAAAUAAAUAGCAAAAAAUUCGAACAUAUUAUAGAAAAUAUCAAAGGGAAAAAUUACAAUAACGAAUUAUGUAAUGAAAUAAAACUUCUUCUCAAAGAGGUAGAACACAUGCAUAUGGAAUCAUUUGAAAUGAUAAAAUUUAGUAAACUUUUAGAAAACUCAUUUGAAACAUUAAAAUGUAUUCAUAUUAAUCAAAUGAAAAAUGGGAUAAAAUUAGUUAUUCGGAAACUAAAAAAUAUAUGGCUAAGUUCUAAAUAUUUCCGAAAAGAUGAAAUAAUAAUUGCCUUCUUUCUUAGACUUUCUGACAUCAUAUUCGAAUUUAUUCUUUUCCUAGCUAUCAAGGUGAAAAAUAUUAACAAGCCAAAAAAAAUUAAAAAAGUUAUUUCUAAAUGUAUAGACAUUCUAAAGUUUUAUGAAAAAGAGUUUAUUUACGUCAAAUUAGAUAUUGAAACGAUAGAUAUACGCAAAAAUUGGUAUUUUGAUAAAAAUAUUAUUUUCAAAAAUAUUAGACAUCUACAGCACGUGUUGGCCACACUAUACACAGUGUACUCAGAAAUCAUUUACUUUACAGAUUUGUGUUUAUUAAAAUUAAAAAAGUUAGUGAAUAACAAAAAAAUUAUGAACAGUAUUAUUCUAGAAAUUAAUAAACUGUAUGAACCUUUUAAUGACGUUCUAAAAAAUAUAUACCAAUACGAUGAUGAAUCGAUUAUGCAACUGAUGAAAAAACUAAAUGAACAAUGUUUAAAGAUUGAAAAAAAAUGCAUAAAAAUUAUUUACAUUCAAUUUUCUAAUUUAAGGAAUACAAAAUCUACUUAUUUACUAGUGCAAAAGUUCCAAAACUUGAAAAAAAACUAUAAAAUUGAUAGACUUUUAAUAAAAAAAUUAUAUGACAUAUUAUUUUUAUAUAAAAAAGAAUUGUACCUCUACAUAGACCUGUUUAACAACAUGUGUUCGAAUAAAGAUAUGAAUAUUUACAAAAAAUUCUUAUUCUGUUUAAACAUCUACAAAAAGAUUAAGAAGCCAAUUUUAAUAUUUAAAGAUAAUAAUUACAUAACCACGUCAAAUGAAUAUAAAAUUAUUGUUAAACUGUACGUUAACUUUUGCAAAAAAAUGUUCUCCUAUAUCGUCGAAAAUUAUGUCUUGUGGAAGAACAAUUCCCUAUCCCAAAUGAAUAAAUUUUUAUCUUCCAACAUAAUUACCAUAAAUAAACAGCUAAACUUUUAUUAUGUAAUAAAUUUUGAUAAUAGUUUCUUCAAGACAUUGUACGAAUAUGCUUACAUUGAAUCGAUAUACGAUUUUAAUACCCCUAUCGAAAUAUUGAAUAUGUAUAACAUGAAGAAAAAAUUGUACAGAUAUUUAUACGAGUUAAAUGAAAUAAUUUAUUUUUUCAAAAAUUUCACUACCACUACUUCUAUCAUUCAUCAAAAAGUUUUGAUAAAUUUCUUCCAAUGUUUUGAGCAGAAAUUGAUAUACAUAUCUAACAAUAUAAAUUGGCUAAAUUUAAAUAUAGAUCAUUACAUAAAUGAUUUAAAGAACUGCAAAAGUGUAAUUGAAAAUGUUUAUGUGUCUCUAUCUUACUCUCUAAACAGUAUAGACAAAAUUAUUUACAAUAUGCAAAAUGUGAAUCUAGUUAGAUACAUAGAAUGGGGUAGUAUGAAGCCGUUACAUAUUCAACCAUUCUUCAAUUAUUUUGAAGAAUACAGAAUAACUGAAGUCCAAAAAGUCGUAGAAAAAUAUAAAGAAAUAUCACAAAUUUUAAUUAAAAUUGAACAAAUCGUAGAAAAAACAAAAAAAGGAAGAAGUGAAAUAAUGGAUGAGUUGUACUAUUUGUACCAAUGUAAAAUCUAUAAAUGCCUAAGUUUUAUCAUCAUUAAAGGGUUAUGUAAUUAUGAAACACUAAUCGAAAAUGAUUUCCAAAAAAAAAUUUUAGAUAAUUAUAAACCAUGUCUUUAUAUCAAAGAAGAUAUUUACUCAGAUGUAUUUCUAAAUAAUUCAAUACAAAACAUCUUUAAAUUGAUAUCUAAAUUGUUAACAAAUUUACUUUUAACAUCUUCUGAAUUUAUAAGAUGGUUAGACUAUUCAUGCAUUGAAGUCCCUAUAUCACUCAAGGAAGAUUUCGAAUUUUUUAAAAUGAAAUUUUCCUUUUACCAAAGUGUUAGCAAAAAUAAAAUAAUCAUUGAUAGAAUCAUACAUAUACAUCAAUUAAUACAAAAUGUUUUCCAAAAAGCAAAUAAAUAUAUAUACAGCUUUCUCAAAUAUGAUAAUAUCAUAAAUUCAAUAAUUAAAGCACAAAGUAGUUUCAAUAUUCAUCAAAACAUUUCAUACCCUCUGAUUUAUUAUGACAAUAUUCUAAAAAAUAUAACUAAUAUUCAAAAUAAAAUUGAUAGAGAAAAUGACAAAAAAACUAUUCAAUUCAUCUCUCUAAACAUAUCUUUUGUCCUGAACUCAAUAAAGAAUAAAUUGCUAGACUCCAAAAAAUUCUAUUUUAAUAAUUUGCAUUUUAUAUUUACUACACUGAAAUGUUCCACCUUAGGAGAAAUCACAAAGUACAGUGAGAUACUCCAAACAGCUACAAGCUCAAUGGAUAAGUAUGAGAAUAUCAUAAAAACGAUAAACACGAUAAAAUCUGAGAAUAUAAAUAUAGAAAUGAAUAUUCAAAAAACAGAAGAAAUUUAUAACAUGCUAACAAUAUAUGAAGAUAGUAACAUAAAAGAGGAACAAAGAGAGAAAUUGUUUUCCCUAUAUCCCCUAUACUUAAAUAUGUUGAACUCAGCCUUUUUCAAUGACAAUCUAAUGUUUACCAUAAAGCAAGAAUUUUACAAAAACACAAAAAAUAAGAUAAUUGUUUUCGAGGAAAAGGUGAAAAACAUUUUAAAAAAGUUUCGCAUGUUCGGACCGUCCUCAGAAAAUAUCGACUUAAGUGAAGGAAUGGAAAGCCUAAAAACAUACAUGAAUGACUUCAAAGAAUUAGAAGUUGAAAAAGAAGAAAUAAUUAAAGCGCAAAUUUUAUGCAACAUGAAAAUUUUCCUAUUCGAAAAUUUUUACCUGUUAAAGAACACAAUAAAAAUUUAUAACUCCAUCUAUUCUAUAUAUAAUUCAUACAUGACAAGAAUAAAUGACUUCAUGGAUAUUAUAUACUACAAGCUAAAUAUUAAGGAAAUAAAUAAAUCAUUAAAGGAGGUGAAAAACGAGUUGAUGGAACUGCAAAAGGAGCAACCUGAAGCGAAGAAUAUUUUGCCGUUCAAAAAAAUAAACGAAGAAUUAAACAAGAUGAACACGACACUAAUAAUAGCGUACUUACUACAAAACACAAAUAUGAAACUAACAAAUUGGGAAGAAAUCAUAGACCUCCAUUUGAAGAGAAAUAAUAUAAAAGAUCCAAUAACCUUUGAAAACACCAUUAUCAUUAAUGAUAAAAAUAUUAACAUGAAAUCAAUUACACUUUACGUUAUGUAUGAGUUAAAAAUAUACUUAUAUUUUAAUGACAUCAAGUAUAUUAUAUACAAAAUUAAGGAAGUUGAAAAGCUAGAAAAAAACCUAAACAAAAUUGAAAACAACUGGAAACAAGAAACCCUGAAAAUUACAAAACGCAACGAUUACUUAAUAUUGGACAAUAAUAAAAACAUAUUUAAAAAUAUUAAAAAUACAUUUAAUGAUUUACAUUUAAUGAGGAACUUAAAUUUCGCCAAAGAUUUAAUACCUAAAAUAACUUAUUUGCAAAACAAAUUGCUUUUCAUUUACGAACUUUUGUCCCUAUGGAUACUAACGCAGGAAAAAUGGGCCAGACUAGAAAGAUUUUACAACAAUGAGAAUUUUAACCACUUCAGCAAUGAAAUGAAAAAUUUUAAUAAAAUAAAUAAAACAUACGUUGAAAUAAUGAAAAAUGCAAAGAAAAAUCUGAAUUUGUUUCACAUAUGUAACACUCAGUUUUUUUACUUUUUAAAAAACUAUUAUGAUCGCGUACUAUUUUUAUCUAAUGAAACAAUAAGCAUACUUCAAGACAAGAAAUUUUCCUUCCCGGAUUUCUUUUUCCUUACUGAUGAGGAGUUAUUCUGUCUUCUAUCUAACCAGGAGACGGAGAAUUUGAAAAAAUACUGCUUCAUAAUUUAUGAAGAACUUUUAUCUUUUAAUGAUAUAGACAAAACGAUCAUUGAAGUUGUUACUACCAAAAAUAAUACACUCAAUUUAAAAAGCGGGAUAAAAAUAAUAGGAAUAGAUACGUAUAUCAUUUUAAAAGAAAAAAUCAAAAAUACCUUAAAGGAAAACAUUAUAACAAGUUUAAAGAGCUACUACAACACUAACAUGAUAAUUCCAAUAAUAAUAAAUAAUGUAUCCAUCGUUUCAAGCACAGUUAUAAAAGUCAUUUUAAGUGAAGAAAUAAGAAACGUGCUUCAGAAGAAAAAUGCAGAACAUACCCAGAGAAUUUUAGAUAAAUACAAGGACUUGUGCAACGACCUAGCAGCAGAAAUGAAAAAAGAAAAAGGGAAAAAUGUGGAGAAAAUAGAACAAGCCUUAAUUAUUUACCUAGAAUUUAUCGAUAUAUUAAAAAAAAUAAUCCAAGAAAAUUUAUUUGAUGAAAACAAUUUUUUUCUACAUUAUCAAUUUAGAUACAGUGUCGAUAAAAACAAGGAACAGAUUACAGUGAAAUAUGGAAAUUACCUAUUCAAAUACAACUAUGACAUAUUAGAAAAUAACAAUUUGUUCAUAAAUGUGUUGCCAAAUAAUAAAUACAUAUUUUCAAUAUGCUCAAAUAUGCAUAAAUCCUAUUAUAACAUCUUGUGUGGAAAGAACAAAGCGUCAACUAUAUGUUACAUCACAUCUACAUUAGGACAAAGAACGUAUUUUUUGGAUGGGAACAUACACAACAUAAGAAAUUUUAUAUUGGGGUCUAUUCAGAUGGGUUAUGCCUUGGUUUUUCAAAAUGUGGACGAAAUGAAAGUAGAAUUAUUAUCUGUCCUCACAAACGCGUUUAGAUCUAUUCAAACAUGCCUGAAAAAAAAGGAAAAGAACAUUUAUAUUUUCGGCAAAGAUGUGGUGUUUAACAGCAGCUCUGUCAUAUUCUUCACGUCUAAAUCUCACAGAAACAUCCCCAUAAAUUUAAAAAAUCUUUGCAAAGAAAUAAUUCUAGUUAACUGUCAAGAAAUCGAACUCGUGGAAAUAUUACUUUAUGUAAACAAUUUCCAGAAUGUUAAGAAUCUAUGUGUAAAAUUUUGCAACUUUAUGGAAUACUUGAAUUUCAUUUAUUUCAAUUCCGAAAACAACAUUCUAAAUGAUAUAGUAAAUAUUAUAAGGUUGUGUAAAAAGGAAAAUGAAGAAAACAACAAAGAUACAUUAUUAGCUAAAUACAUUUUUAUAUACUAUGAUGACAAGCUGAAAAAUAUUAAACAAAAUGAACUUCAAAGUUUAAUAAAAAAAUUUCUCGAUAUUGACCCGAUUGCCACAUAUGAUUUGCAAGAUGAAAGAGAUCGACUGAAGGAGCUGCUGAAGCAAGAGUGCGUUUAUUUAAAGGAUGACUUGUUCUAUAAAUAUGAAAAGGAUUUAUAUAUAUUAAAAGAAAAGCUUCAUAACCAGUUUUUAUCAAUAAUCUUUGGACAAUGCCAUAUUGGAAAAUCGACUUUGCUAAAAAUGUACAACAAAUUAUAUGGUGCUAAAUAUUCCUUUAUCUAUUUGGAUUCCUUAUAUGACUCUCACAGCAAUUUGAAUGAAGGAUUUUUACAGGAAAUUAUAAAGAAGAAACAAGAAAAACACAAAAAGUACACAUUCAUUAUGAAACUCAAUUCCCUUAAUCGUGUCAUAUAUGAUGUGCUAUCUUUGAAUAAAUUGUUUCAUUCGAAAUGCCAGAAAAUGGAUGAAGAGAGCAUACAAAACAGAUUGAAGAUAAUAAUUGAAUGUAAUGAUAUAUCUGGCUUAGACCCCUACCUACUGAACAAAAUGAACAAAAUUGCCAUUAAAGACAACAUCAAUAUUUAUAACUACUUUAAAAACAAAAGUUCCAAAUUAAUAGACAGCAUCCUUAACACGAAUCUCUUUUUUGAAAAAAACCUAGAGAAUAAUAAAACAUCUUUAAAUUAUAAAAACAAUUAUGAAGAAAAAAAGAAAAUUCUUUUCGAGUUAUACAAUGAAUUAAAAAUAUUUUAUAGAAAAUUUCUUCUACCAAUUUUUCAUUAUAUGGAAAAGAAAAAAGGAAAUAAUUUCAACAUAAAUAAUUAUUUUAAAAAAGAUGAAGAAUUAAAACAUAUAACAUUAAGCGGUAUCACUUUAUCACAAAAAAAUUUGUUUCAUACAAAUAUGGAUGUUAAAAUUAUUAUAAACAAUUUCAUUGACAUUUUUAAAAGCAAUAUAUUAACUUUUUUAAGAGGAAGAGAAUUAGAUAAUUUGUUAACGGACAGAAAUCAUACGGACUCUACACAUAACGAUUCUUCUAACUUGCAACAAAUGGAUGAAUUACAUGAGGGUAUAAAUUUAGAAAAAAAAGCAACUUUAAAUGAACAAAAUUAUGAAAAAUAUGCUACUAACAAAGAAUAUGAUUUAGAUAAUAUAAAUAAAAAUUACAUAGAAAAUGUGUGUAUAUCACAAGCUGAAGCAGAAAAUGAUAAAAAACUGGAAUUGCAUAGCAAAAAAGAAAUUUCUAAAAUAUCAACCAUUAAAAAUAAGGCUCUUUUUAUUUUAAUUAGCUGUCUCGUUUUUCUAUUUAAUAAUUUUUUAAAUGAACAAGAGAAGGAUAACUUUUUUAUUUUCUUAAAACAGUUAACUUCAUCUAAUAACCUCAGUCUUGAUAUCAAUUUAGGGGAUUCUUUUUACCACAUACAGAAGGAUACGUGGAUUCCCAUUAGUGAUUAUUUUGUGUCAUCUAAGAAAAACCAUAUGGGCGAAAAUUAUCUAAUAUUUUACAAUGAAGAAAUGCUGAAAAAAAUUAAUUCCAUUAGCUUAUUGUACAAGGGAGAGUCUAACAUUUGUCUUAUCGGAAGCAGAAAAAAUUGCAAGACGACUAUAAUAAAAGAAAUAGUUCAUAGUCACAAGAACAUUGACAAUAUCAUAAUCAGUGUGUUGAAAUAUACAAGUGUGCUAAAUUUUAAAGUGUUGUAUGAAAAAAUGGCAAAAAAAAAUGUGAAAAACUAUUUCCAUCCCUCGGUCCUUUAUAUAUGCAUAGACGACAUUCACAUCAAUUACGAAAAAGCCAACAAUCCUUCUGUCGAAUUUUUGCAGAAUUUACAAAGGAAUUUAUGUUAUUUUGAAAACAAAAGUAUUAAUGUAGAAAAUGUAAAGAGCAUGAUUUCUCUGGAUUUUGAACAUAUGAAAAGGAAUAGAUUCUAUGAAUCUGUUUUUUAUUCCUAUUCGUUGAUCUUUUUAAAUAGCAGCAAAAAAUGCUUAGUCAAUUAUUUUAACGCUCUCAUAAAUCACACUCUAAGUGGUAGAUUUCAAGGUAUACAUGGAAAGCUAGUCAACUAUAGUCUAGAUGUAUUUUGGAAAAUACAUGACGACAUAAAUUUUGAAGAAAAAAAGGAAAACAAUAUAUUAUUCACAAAAGAAAAUAUUUUUUUAUUGUAUGAAGAUUUCGUUCACACCAAGUGGAAUUUUCAAAAUGAACAGGACGUCGUUGAGAAUUGGUGUGAAAGUACCGAGCGAAUCAUCCUGAAUAGGGUGCUCAAAAAGGAAAACAAAAAGGACAUUAUGAAAACCAUGAAAAACUUGGCAGAGAAGCAUUUUCCAAAUUUAACUAAAGAAUAUUCAUUCACUCAUUUAAAUUACUUUUGCAAAGAUAUUCAUGAAAAAGUUGACAUAGGUUUGCUAAAAGAUGAAUUUGUUAGGAGUCUAAGCAGUUAUAACAAUCUGUAUAUCAACACAAAAAUGUUCGUAGAAUUUUAUUUCAGAAAUAUUGUAGAUGUUUACAAAAAUAUAAGUAAAAACAUAAAUUCUUCAAUGAUAAUUUGUAUGAAUAAAAAAAGGGCUAUCAUAAUAUUAAAUGCAAUUGCAUUUAUAUUAAAUAUAAAUACAGUAUUAAUUAACAAGUCCAGUAAUUUGGAAAAUUCUCAAGACAAAAUUGAUUACUACAACAGAUUAAGGUUUAAAAGAAAUCUUUUCAUAUUAAUUAAUUAUUCGAACAAUUUUGAUGAUUAUUUUUAUUCGUUAAUUUAUAAGCAGUUUCCGAAUCCCUUGUUUGAUAAAAAGGAACUUUUUCACAUGUAUACAAAAACGAACCUGAUAUCGAAUGAACUGAAAUGGGAAAAUAUUCAAAAUAUUAUGAAAAAGAACACAUACGUUUGCUUAGUUCACGAAAAAAGGUUCGACUUAUACUGCACGAAUUUUCAAAAUUACAAAAAUGUUUACAAUGACCUAAAUAUUAUGCACUUAGAUAGCUGGACGAAGGAAGAGUACACUCACUACUGUCAGCUGUUUUUAAAAAAUUGCGGAGAAAAUCAUUUUAUUGAUAAUAUACUAAACAAUUUCAAAAAAAAAGUAAUCCUAAAUACAUUGGAAGAUGAUAUCGAAAAGGAAGGAAAAGGGAUUAAACUUGAUAAAAAGGAAAAGACAAAGGCAAAAAUUAAGACCAAUCAAAUCUUUAUAAAUUCAGAGGAUUAUAUAAAGAAAAAUAGGAAUGAAGAACCCAAGGUAGGAGAAGACAAAAAAGGAGACCAAGUCAUCAUGGAAAAGGAAACACAAAAUGAAAGAAAGAAUCAGACAGAAAAUUCAUCAGAUAAUUCGAAACAGAAUUCUGAAGAUAAUCCGACACAGAAUAGUACAGACACUGACAACAGGAAGGGAAUUGAAAAAUCGAAGGAAUGUCAAAAGGAUGAUGAUCACAAUGAAGAUGUCGAAAACGAGGGAGAUUUAUCUAAAUCAAAUGACGAGACAGAGGAAGGAAAAAAACAACGGGAAAAAAGUGAAGACACAGAAAAACAAAAAGAAGAACUGAACAUUAAGGAUGAAAAGAAUGAAGGAAUAAUCGAAAAGAAGAAAAAAAAUAACCCAAAUAAAAAAGGAAAAAGCAUACAAAGGGAAAAAAAAACUAUGAAAAUAAAACAGGAAAAUGAGCAAAUCACGAAAAAGAACGCUGAUUUUAAAAUAAAAAAUAAGAAAGAAAUGGAAAAACAAAAGAAUUUACAAAAUAAUAAGGAAAAAUUAAAUGGAGAGAAAAAUAAAGAACGUAAACCCUUGUUGUCAUCACAAAAUAAAAUGAAAAAAGAAGCAAAUAAAUCACCCAACGCCAUGACGAUCAAAAACGGAAUAAGAGGUAUACACAUUUCUGCACCUAAAAGUGAAACCAAUGGUAAUUCAAUUAAACAAAAUGAAAAGAAGAAAGAAAAACAGUCACCUAUUGAUAGUGUAAAAAAAAAAAAAAAAAAAAAUGUUCAGAUGAAUGUUGCAAAGGAUAAGGAGAAAAAAUCCAACGAAAGGGAAAAAAAUGAUACAAGAAACAAACCAGGUCAUAAGAAAAAUUCCGAAAAAGAGAAUUCUAAAAAUAAUAAAAAAGAAAAUAAUGAUAGGGACAAUGUUAUGACAAACAAAUUGGUAAAGAAAAAUCCAGAAUGUGAAGACGCACAUGGAAUAAAAGAUAACAGAAAUGUAAAGGAUACUAACGACGUAAUAAGAAGUAACAUUAAGGAAGACAAAAAUGGUAUUCAUUGUGAUGAUCAGAAGGAUUUACUAGACUCAAAAGACAAUCAAAAGAAAUCAGAACUAGAAACAGACAAAAGCUAUGAAAGCAAAAAUAAGAUAGAGAGGGAAAUGAUCGAAAAGGAAGAAAUAGACCAAAAUAGAAAUCAAAAUAAGGAAGAAACCCUGACAGAAGGAAAAAAUGAUCACGCGGUUGAGGAAAACUUAGACAAAGAAGUAGAAGAAACAAAAUCAGAUGAUAAUUCCUAUGGAAAAGGAACUAGCGAAAGAGUAAAAAACAAAGAAUAUGUUAGUUUAAAAAAUUAUAAUAAACAAUCGAUGCACGAAAUGAACAAUUUAAAUGUAGAAAUAAAUAAAUAUAAUUUCUACAGCUUGAUUGAAAAACAGCUAGAAAACAUCGUAGAUGUGUUUAUAGAUGUAUACUAUGAUUUGAAAAAUCUUUUAAAAAAAAAGAACCCCAACUUAGAUUUCAUAAGGGUUAACAAAUACAAUUUUAUGGACACAUUAAUUAUGUUUUAUAUUUUACUAAAAAACAAAUUAAACUAUAAGAAUAAACAAUUACUCAUGUUUAAAAUGGGUCUAAAAAAAGUGGAAAACACAUUUGAAAAUUAUAACAAUAUGAACGCAGAAAUACAGUCCAUAAAUUUGUCCAUAGCUAAAAUGGAAGAGGAAAUUGAAAAGCUGAAUGAUUCUACUAAAACAAAUUCAAAGAAUCUACUAGACAUUGAACAACAAUUUAAUACAAAUAAACAAAUUCUAAAUAGAGUUACGAACAAUUUUGAUGAAAUGAUGGAAAGUAAAAAUGAAUCUGAGAAAAAAAUUGAAGAAGAAUGUAUCUCUAUCAUUUUUAAAAUUCAAAAUGUCGAAAAUAAUGAAAUUAAGAAUAUCCUAAAAAUAACUAGUCCAGAUAUGAUACAAUUGUGUAUAGCCAUUAUGAUAAACACUAUUGUUAGGAAUUCCUUCCUGAAUGAUAAUAAUGACAAUUGGAAUUAUUUCAAAAAUUUUAUUUCAAAAGAGAAUUUUUCUAAAUUCUUUUUUAAUUUUAAAAAAGAAAAUAUAACGGAUAAACAAAUAAAAAGAAUAAAGGAAUACAUGUCUAGAGAUGAAAUAAUCUACGGCACUCAGAAAAUUAUCCAGUUGAACAACUUGUUUACGCAUUUUUUUGAAUGGAUCACAUUUCUCAUUAAAUAUAAAGAAUACUACAAGAAUAUUUGCCAAGUAAAUGAGUCGAUAUCAAAUAAUAAAUUAAAAAAAGAAAAAUAUGAAAAUGAAAAUAUAAAGUUACUAGAACAAAUGCAUAAAAUCAAAUCAACCAUAGUUAACAACCAAAACGAUAUAAAUAUCCAAACUGAACGAAUUGAAAAUUUAAACAAAAAAUUAUAUAUAAUUAAUAAGUCCUAUUUACCUAUUUUAGAAGUCAAACAAUUUUUAGAAAAAACCAAAAAAAAAUAUAUAUAUACUAUUGAAAAAAUUGAAAAUAAUUAUAAAUACCUAGUUUCAGAAAUUUUACUCUUUUCCUUUUUUUUAAAUUAUUCAUCCCCUUUUAAUUAUAAGUACAGAUGUUACUUACUUAACAAAUGGAAACAUAUUAUAAAAAAAAAUAACAUCUUAAUAAAAGAAGAAAUAAAAAUAGAAAGUAUAUAUUCAUGUGAUAGUAUCGUAUCUUUAUUCAUAUCGGACAAUUUUCCUAGACACAUAUUUUAUAUUCAAAAUGCCUUAAUAUCGUUAAACCAUUUUAGAUGGCCUCUACUACUAGAUCAACAAAAUAUUGGAAUUGAAUGGUUAAAAAAAAGUUAUAGCAAUAAUUUGGUUAUUCACAAUUUUGAUGAAAAUUUAAGUAAACAUUUGGACAUGUGUAUAAUAUAUGGAAAAAGUUUAAUAAUCCCGUUUUUUAAUUUUCAAAAUUUAUACAUUUAUGAUAAACAAAAUGACGAAGGUUUCAUUUGUGAUCAUCAUCACGAGGAUAACUUUAAAAGGGUGAGACAAGAUCUGUUGUGCAAAAAAAAUUUUCUCAAAUUUAAGCUUAGAAGCAGAGAGAUAAAACUUAACUCCAAUUAUGCCAUCUUAGAACCCGUUAUAGAGCGCAACAUAUAUUUGUCAAAUGGAAAAUACUACAUCAACAUAGGGAAGAAGAAGCUGGAAUACAACAGCCAAUUUAGACUCUUUCUCGUGAGCGACUCAAACGAUAGGUACUUUGAAGAUAUCGAAGACUACGUGAACAUAAUAGAUUUCCAAAUAGACAAGAAUUUGAUUGUAAAUAAAAUUGUAAACAUCAUACUAAAGCAUGAAGAUGAAAAAAAGAUUAUGAAUUUUAAUACAAAGAUUCGAAAUUUUUACGAGACAAAACAAACAUUAAAGUUUUUAGAUGAUGGAAUGAUAAUUGAAUUGUGCACAUUUGACAACAAAAUAAAUAAUAACAAAAAUUUAAUGAAUGUUAUAAAUAGCAAUUUUUUGAAAAAAAUAGAAAUAAAAAAGAUGCUGAAGGAAUACAAACAGGAAAUUAAUAAAAUUAAAAAUUCAUCAGAAAAUAUAAAACUUUUGGGUUACAGAUUUCAUAGUAUAUAUAAAGUUCUACUAAAACAGUCGAAAAUAAAAUCAAUAUACAAUUUUAAUUUUAAUUAUCUGUUAAAUAUAUUAAAUGAUUUAAUUAAAAAUAUUAAUAAAAAAAUGCUAAUUUGUAAUUUUAACCAAUUAAUUAAAAAAUUUACACAUAACUGUUUCUUAUUCUUACUAAAUACAGUACACAAGAAGGACAAGUUAUUCUUCUGCUUCUUGUUCUACACUACUCUAAUAUUUGAAGAAAAAAAAUUAAGCAAUAUGCAAAAAUCCAUCAAAAUUGAAAAAGAAAAGUAUUAUUCGUUAUUCCUAAAAAUGAGAAAACUACCAAAUAUGGAUAUAACCAAUUUGCUAAAAAUAGAAUGGCUAAAUGAAAAAAAAAAAAAGCAGCUACAAUUUUUACACAACGAAUUAGUGAAUUUUAAAACACUUAUUAAAGACAUGCAAUAUAACUCUAUGGAAUACUUUACUUGGUAUAAAGAAAGAAGACCAGAAGAAAAUUUAUUUUUUCUAAAAAAAGUACAAUUAGAAAAGUUAGAAGUCAUACUAUUUCUAUACAUAAUGCGUAAAGAUAGACUAUAUUAUUACAUACACCUUUCCCUCUCAAAUUAUUUGGAUUUGUCUGAAAACUUCAACUGUACCAAUUUGAGUCUUUCCAAAGAUUUAAAUUAUAUAGAUACAAAAACAUUUUUGUACAUUACAGAACCUAAUAAUUCAUAUGAUCCCAUCUUGUCGAAACAUAAAGCAACAAAAACGCUUAGUGUCGGAAAUAAUUUCAAUAAUGAUAUUCAAAUAAUAAUAGAAACUUCUAUGCAAAAUGGAAAUAAAUUAUUACUAGAAAAUGUGCAUUUAAUAAAUUUUAAUAUAGAAAAAUUCUACGAAAUUUAUAAUAAUACAAAAAUUCACUCCAAUUUUCAAUUGUAUCUCACAUCAGAAAAGGAUGCUUCUAUUUCGAUUAUAAAGAAGGCUAUUAAAAUAUAUUCGCAUACGAAUGAAUAUUUAAAGACUUUACUCACAGAUGUGUUUACAUAUGUUUAUAAUAUUUAUAAAGACAAAUUAAAAAAUAACCUUGUGAAUUCUUUUUUAUUUUCCCUUUCCUUCUUUCAUAGCAUUUUAGUAUCUAGAUGUAACUAUAAUAAUUAUGGUUUUGAUGAAUUAUACUCCUUCGGUGUGAACGAUUUUGAAACAACAUUCGAUUCUCUCCUUUCUUAUUUAGAUUUUGUUCAAAUUAAUGGGGCGUUAUCUAAUCACUCAAAUUCGUAUGCAAUAAAUUCUAACCACAUUUCUGAGGAAUCCACACAUCAAGAAUCGGUUAAACAGAAAGUGCACAUCAACUGGGAAUUCGUAAAAGAAAUCAUCCUAAAUGGAUACGGGAAUAAAGUCUUCUGCAAUGAUAGAAAAAUUAUAAAAAGUUACAUCAAGGAAUAUUUUAAUGAGUACUCAUUUAACGAAAAAAAUGAAUUCGUCUAUUGCACUGACGAAAGCUUCAACUAUAAAUUUUUAAUGAAUCGAUCUAUCAAAGAGUAUGUUAACUUCAUUAAGAGUUAUCCUGUGUUCAAUAGCUGCCAAUCAUAUGGAAUGAAAAUCGAAGCUGAUAAGAAGAAAUAUGAAAAGUAUAAUGAAAACAUGUUGAAGAGUUUGCAAAAAAUAUGCAGUGAAGAAAUUUUAGUAUAUGAAAGAGAAAAUACUGAAGGAGAUAUUUUUUUCAAUCUUGACAGUGAUUAUUAUUCAAGCUCGCUACUUAACACAGAUGAUGAGAGAAUUGUGAAAUUUCAAGAUGAUAAAGAUAAACCACAUUUAUCCACACAAGACCAAUCAAAGGAAUUCAUACAUGAAUAUACAAGAGAUGAUGUCAAUGCUGCUCUUCAUGUUGAUGAUAUGGUUGAUGUAGAUUAUAGUGACAAUCCCCAUGAAACUGAUAGUAAUAGAAAUGUCUUCAUAAAAACGUACAGUAGAAUUCAUUUAGAAGAGGAAGUAAUCAAUAAGCAGGGAACAGAGAUUAUGGAAUUUUUAAAGAAUAUUAAAAAAAUGAAUGAAUUUUAUGAGUUAAUAAAAAAACUGAAAUGGACAUUUAAAUACAACAUCAACAUUAAUACGGAAUGGAGCAAAAGAAACAUAACAACAAUCCAAUAUUGCUGCAUAAAUGAAACAAAGAAAUUUAAAGAAAUUACCAAUGUUAUAUAUAAUGAUGUAAUUAAAAUUGAACAUGAGUUAAAUAAAAAUAAAAAAAACUUAGACAAUGAUACUAAACUGAUUAUGGUUUACUUAUCACGAAACGAAGUGCCAACCAAGUGGAUAUCCAGUUUUAAUAAAAAAAUUAAAACAAUUGAUAAUUUUGUUACAUAUUAUGAAAAUGUCAAAGAACAAUUGUAUUUUUGGAACAUCACAGGAGAAUUACGCUUUUAUAACAUACAAUAUUUGUUUAAUCCAUUAAAUCUUUUUAAAGCCUUAUUGAUUAAAUUCACCCUUGUUCAUAAAAAAAAAUUAAAAGAAUGUAUAUUCAUAUCACGUAUAAACAACACCAUAGAGAUGAAGAAAAAAGAAAAUUCUCUUCAUUUUCAAAAAAAUUUUUUCUACAGCAGUGAUGAGGACGACAAGCUCUCGUCAAACUGUAUCAAUUACUCAGAUUAUAUCCAUUAUGAUAUCGAGGCCUCUUGCGACGUGGAUUUGAUAGGACUCUACACACUGAACCACAACUUCGAGUGCCUAGGAGUCAAGCCAAGGAGCAACAAGAAGUAUGAUCAAAUACCCAUUGUAACAUUAAGCAUAAUGGAAAAAAGAGAAAAAAACAUUUUGGGAGACAAAAAAAUACCACUAUAUCAGUAUAAAUGUAAUGGAAAAUUGAAAAAUAAAAAAAAUAAAUUUAUAACCAACUUGUAUUUCAAGACGGAUAAACACAAGUCAUUCAUAUAUAUUAAUAAGGUUUAUUUAUUCAUUUAUAACUGA